AUGCAGAACGGAUGGCACGGCGGUCCGCCGCAACCGCCACAAGAUCCGUUCCGCGCAUGGUACGCGGACAAGCUUGCGACACUCACGUUCAACUCGCGUGCCAUUAUUCAGGACCUCUCCAUCGAGGCCGUGAAGCAGCGAGAUGCGUAUAACUGGGCAGGCAUGAACGCGAUCGCUGAGGAGCUUGAGGCUGCCAUUUACAUGGCCCCACCGCAGGGCAAACUCCCAUUGUUGUACCUCCUCGAUUCGAUCUCGAAGAACGCUGGCCCGCCCUACACCGACGAAUUUUUUGCGCGGUUCCUUCCCCAGCUCUACGUGGCCACAUAUCGCCAGGUGGAUGGCGUGACGAAGAACAAGAUGGUGGAGAUGUUACGGCUGUGGCGGACGGGUGCCGGCGGGGGUGAGCUUUAUCCGGUCGGAGUGCGAGAGCAAGUCGAGCGCGAUCUUUUCGGCUCUACGGGUCUGCCUCCACCCCCUCAGAUGGCGCCGCCUCCCCUCACGCAGGCCAACGUCCAGGCAGAGUUGCGUCAGUUCCUGCAGCAGAAGGAGGAUGAGAUGGCCAAAGAGUUUUCGACGGGUCUUGCCAAGACAGUCAACGUCCUGGUCCAGAUCGACAAGCUCCUGUCCACCACACAGGUGAACCGGGAUGAGCUCCUCGGCAUCAAGCAGCAGAUUGGCGCGAUGAAGGGCGGUCACCAGCCCGCGUCUGGCCAGCUCAGCCGUCAGCAGGCCGUGCCCGCGGCUCGGCCUCCUGUGCCGGCCUUCCAACCCCGCGAAACUUUCCCUCCUCAGCAGCGCCCGCCGUUCCCUCAGUAUAUCCAGCCGCCACAGCGCUUCGCGACGCCGCCGCAGGUCCCUACACCGCCACAGAUCCAUGCCCCGCUCCCAACGCCGGUCACGCUACCGAAGCUGGGCGCCCUCCCCCUUCCGUCCAAUGUCGCUGACAUCCUCGCCAACCUCUCCAAGUCGGGCGUUUUAUCGCAGCCCAUCACCCCCGAGCCAAUCAACAAGCGAUCUGGCCUUGAGGCGUACGAGGACAUGAUCCUGGCUCUCAACAUGACUGUUGACGUGUUCGACCUGACCAAGCUGUCGCUCCCGGUCUCCCACCUCCCGGUCAGAUGCAAGCAGUGCGGCGAGCGUUUCCCCGAGGGCGAGAACACUCUGCAAGCGCAUAUGGACUGGCACUUCCGCCGCAACCGCAAGGAGCGCGAGACGGAGGGUCGCGGCGCGCACCGUCGCUGGCUCCCUCGUGCAGAUAAAUGGAUCCACGAGAAUAGCGAGGCGGGGCCAAGCGAGCCCAAGCCCGAGACUGUUACGAGCACCAAACUCACCGCCGAACGACUCGCUGCCCUCAAGCGCAAGUGGGUCCGCGCGCCGGCCGACCCCGCAAAGGCAACUCCUUGCCCGAUCUGCAAGGAACAGUUCAAGCCAGAGUGGUCCGAGGACGAGGAGGAGUGGGUGUUCAACAACGCCGUCAACGUGCAUGGGACGAUCUUCCACGCCACGUGCCGUGCUGAGAAGAUGAGCAGCGCUGUUGCAGCGCGGCUACUUGGCACCGAGCGCGGUGUGUCUAGAAGCCCCGCACCCGAGAGCGUUCCUGGCUCGCCGAGGCAACGCUUGUCCGCAUCGCCAGCGAAAUCACCUGCCCGUCUCCCACCUUCGCCGACCGCCAAGCGCAAGGCAGCGGAUGACGGCACGGAGGAGGCCAAGCGUGUCAAGCUCGAACCAGGGACAGAAGAGGGGGCCGCAUAG